CUAAAUAACUGAAAUGAAACAAUUCUGUGGCCCUACAGUGGUCCGAAAUCAAAGUGGGCAAAGUUAAAGUUUACCUUUACUAUGACAACCACUGAACACUGCUACCGCAAACACACAGGGGAAGGUGGACAUCGUCCGCGAGCUUCUUGCUCCUUUGAUCGCUGUCAUUGAUUCCGUUAUCUAUUGGUCGAUGGAAAAUCCAGAGCAUCGAACCCGCUGGGCACCAGUGCUCCCUGUAAUCGGGAAGGUGAGUCACCACAGCGUCGGCUUGGACUGGAGCAGAGGACGCGGGUCCCGGACCGGACCGCCGGAGAGUUGGCCCCGCUAAGAUAAGAAAACGCACGUCUUUAAUACUAUAUACAAGGGCUAUGGCACUACGCACACUGUGGCAGGUCUGAAGCCGAGUACCACCUACAAGUUUAGGAUAAAGGUAUACCAUCCUUCUGGAGAAUCCACCUACAGCUCCACUGUCUCAGUCUGCACUGCCAGAGAACCACUGAAUGGGAAGGACCUCCAUCAGGCUGUCAACAUGAACGACCAGGAGCAGGUGGCCAAGGUGCUGCAUUCUGGCACCAUCGAUGUGGACGUCCCAGACAGAAUGGGCUUCACUCCUCUCAUGGUUGCCGCCCAGAAAGGAUAUUUUAGUUUAGUUCAGAUGUUGGUGCGGCAUGGUGCAGAUGUGAUGAGGAGGAGCAACGAUGGGAAGGACAGCCUGGCCCUGGCUUGCUUCUCUGGCCACCUGGAGGUGGUGAGGUACCUGAGGGGGUGCGGUGCCUGCUGGACGUCCCGGGAGGGCGGGGGGCUCACGGCGCUGCAGGCCGCUCUGCAUGGGGACCACCUGCCUGUCAUCGCGUACAUGAUCCAGGAUGGCUGUGAGGUAGACGGGAGGGAUGCCGUAUCCGGACGGACGCCCCUCAUGGAGGUCUUGGCGGUCUCUGGGAACGUGGCGGCAGCGGCACUGCUCAUUAAUGUGGGGGCGAGCGUCAAUGCCACAAACAGGAAGGGGAAGACGCCCCUCAUGGUUGCUGUGCUGAACGACCACCAGGAUGUAGUGAGCCUUCUGCUGCGUGACGGAGCAGACCUAAGUGUGAAAAACGAGUUUGGCUCCAGCGCCGCAGAAAUGGCGAGAGCGUUUGACAGACAAAAAAUUUUACAUAUUUUGGAAGAGAAGAAAACCCGGUAGGACAAGGCAGCAGUGCCGUGUCCUGGCGACCAUGUCUACCUGACCCCCCUCCAGCUCCCGUGACCCUAACAAGCCACACGUGUUACUCUCUUGUCUUACCUCUUGUUCCAAAGCCUCAUGUCAAUCACUCCAACUGCCUCUCAUUAGCUCCCUCGUUAGUCUCAUAUAUAUGCGCUUCCCAGUCCUGUGUUCCCCAGUUUGGUCAUUGACGAAACCUUCUUGUUGCCAGUGCCCUUCCUAAUUUCCAGCCCUUCCGUUUUGGUCCCUCGCGGUCCAGUUCACUUCCAUGGUUAGUUAAUUUAAGUCCAAAAUAAACCCAUUUUGCUUUGCUACAACGCCUGCCCUCAAGUCCUUUGUCCCUCAAGUCAUGACAAAUAGUGCAUAAAAUGUUUUUGUUAUAUUGCUCAUUUAUAAAAUGUUUUUUUUUAAUUACAUGGUUAAUCGUUUCUUCAA